CCGAAUGGGUAUGAAAGGAGGGCCGAGCUAAUCCUCAAACCCUUUGAAGAAGAGGAUCCCUUUGGUGGUAAGGAUGUUCAGUGGAUGAUGGAGUUAGCGCAUGCCAGUUUGCAUAGUCUGGUAGAAGACAUGAGGAUGAUUGAGGAAGGGUCUGGCCAGGUAGAACGGCAUGAGGAUCUGAUGGGAGGAAUGUAUCUCCUCGUCAACACGUUAUUGCAGGAAAGCCUUGACCAGUCAGGCUCGUUGAACCCGGCAAGGAAUGUGGACGAAGUGCCUGGGAGUCAGGACGACGAGUUCGAGGAGGGGGAGAUUAAGGAGGCUUUUCGUGCAGAGGAGUAUGACGGGAUCUACCUAGAGCUGGGGCUUCUUCUGUCAUCUGAAAUGCGGCUAAGGGAUGCAAGCGAUAGGGCUCAGAAGAUGCUGCAGCGCUAUUUAGUGCGAGACGGCCACCUUUUCGUGAGAAGAGAGGUGGGGAAUCCACGGAGAGUCGUUUGCAGUAGGAAUCGUCAGAUCGAAGUCGUAGCAGCGCUUUAUGAUGACAUUGCAGGAGGGCAUCGAGGGGUACAAGCCACGUAUGCCAAGAUAAGUGAGCUGUACUACUGGGAUGAGAUGAUGGACAUGGUCGAGAAGUUCUGCCGAUCUUGCGUACCCUGCCAGGAGAGAUCCCGUUUAAGGCAGGGAGAGCCGCUGCAUCCGAGGCUAGAGCGAGAGGUGGGGGUUGUAGUGCAUCUCGAUCUACUUCUUAUGCCGCUUGGGGAUCAGGGCUAUAACUAUAUUUUCGAUGCGCGCGAUAACCUGUCUGGCUUCGAAGACGGGCGUGAUAUUCGCACAAAAACCGGGUCAGCCUUGGUAAGCUGCAUCGAGGAGUACUAUCUACGCUAUCCUUUCGUCAGGGAAUAUGUAAUGCAUAGGGGAUCGGAGUUUACCUGCCAGGAGGUGCAAGAAUUGUUAUCAAGGUCUGACUUUACGAAGACAGCCAUGCCAAGAGGAGGGAAGGGGACACGGCCGCCUAAGAGGCCGUUGGACGCAUCAGAGGGAUAUGAGCGGCAUGAGCCUCGCCAUCGAGAGAGCACUCCAGAAAUUGAGAGGCGUCAGAGGAGUCAGAGGCAGAGGGACCCUGAGCCCAAGGACGCAAGACCAUCUCGAGGAGGACGGAAGGUCCUAGCAAGGAGAAAAGAGGAACCGGAGCCGGAGCCAGAGGCUGAGGAGCCAGGGGCAUACCCUGAGUGUGGGUUGAACCUAGUGGAGUUCCAUCGGUUUACCAAGGGUGGUUUGAGGAGGUCGCCAGCACGCACACAGGAGGAGCCGCCAGCAUCUGAGGGGCCCUUGAGGGAGUUGGAGACGCAUUUGGAUAUCUCUCAGUGGAGGGCGUCGCCUCGGGGUGAGGAGCAUGGAGAGCAGGCAGAGGAGGUACCACGAGAGGAGGUACCACGAGAGGAGGUGCCACGGGAGGAGGUCCAGGAUACUCAGCGAGAGAGAGGGCUGGGCGAUGAGGGGAGACGUGAAGGGAAGGAAGUGAUAGAGGCUGGAGAGGACACGCCCCCACAAACGCCAGCGAUGGGUUUGAGACUCGGGGAUGCACCAGGGAGCACUCACGAGGCAGGGGAGAGGUUGCAGAGAGAGGAGGCCCCAUUGUCUACAUCAGAAAAGGGCCCUUCGCAAGAACGGAGAGCAGAAAGGAGGAGAGGGAGGGCAGCUGUAAGGAGAGAAGCCUUGACCCUGAUUGACAGGUUCCUAGCAGCUCAUGCCCUGGAGCAGCCAGACGUGGAAGAGCCAGCAUCUGCAGAGCCGUGCCAGGAGCCGUGCCAACCCAAAAAGGAGAUGGAGGCAGAGAUCCCGAAGAGGGUCGACCUCAGCACAAGGGAAAGGGCGCCAGCUGGAGAGACAGCAGAGGAAAAGAGGGCGAGAAGAACCAGGAGGAUAGACGAGAUAUGGCAAGAGAGGCAGAGGUUGGAGGCAGCGGGGGAGCUUCCGGAGCAGCAGCAGGAGAGGCAGAGAUCGGAGGCAGCAGGAGCACUCCCAGGAAAAAAGAUAAAGGAAGCAAGCCAUAGAGUACGCCUGGAGGCUAUGGAGAUGGAAAUCCAGGAACUCAGGACAUUGGUGGCCAGCCAGGCAGCUGUCAUUGAGAGUCUGAGGCAACAAACUCAGAGAAAGGUGGACAAGCCAGAGAGCAGCAGGCAGGAAGAGCAGAGGCAGCUAGGACAUGGAUUGCCAGGACAACCAUCUGCAGCAGAGCCUCGCCAGGCGCCACCUAUGGGGAGGGUUAUCCUAGAGCCAGAGGAGGCGAGAGCCAGGAGACAGGCGGAGAGAGAGGCAUUCGAGUUCAGAGCCCCUAUCGAGCUCGCGACGCUGCCAGUGGCGGCGGCGGGCCUAGUCGUACCUUUGGGAGUAGAGGAGGGGCAGCCACCAUCUAGCAGUGAGCCGGCUCAAGGCUCAGCAGGGGGAUUCAUGGGUGUGCUCCUUGAGGCGGUGCAUACUAUGCCGGAAGAUGUGAGUUUGUUUUCUCCCGAGGAGAGGAUAGAGGAGCCUCUUAAGAGAGAGAUGCAGAUUGAGGCGGACAGUGCCAUCGAGGGCGGGCUCCAGAGAUUGGGCACAUCUGAGUAUGGACCAGAGGAGAUUGAGGAGCAGCCCAUGGCAGUGCCAGGAGAGACACUCGAGAGGAGACCUCAGAGGUUGGACACACCUGAGUACGUCAAUGCGACAGUGGAUUUGAGGAGCAGACUGGGAUCUUGGGCUACUGGAUCUGGGUCUGGGGGACCGGUUCCUGGGAUGGAGAAGCAGGAGGUUGUUAGUACUACAACCCCUCGAUCAGAGCAGCAGGGGGUGGUCAGUGACCUUGGUAGGAUCUCCUUCAUCAACACCUCCUCAGUCCAGGAAGAAGAAAUUCAAGAGGAAGGUUGAUCAGCUAUGCUUCUACUGCAAGA